CCGGAAGCUGAUGAGCAGAGGAGGAGCUGAUGAUGUUAAAGAGAGGAAGACUGACAGAAAGAGAAGAUGGCUGAUGAGUGUGAUCUGUGUCUGCUGGGACUGAUCUUUCUCUCUUCACUUCUCACAGGUUCCAGUGAAGUGGAUGUGACUCAUGUGUUCAUCAGUUCUGGUCAAAAUGUCCGUCUGUCCUGUAAUAAUGCUCUUCAUGACUGCAAAUCAACUACAUGGAACUAUAACAGAUUCAGUCAUUCAGCAACAGUUGAACUGAUUUAUUCAGGGAUAAAGAAGAAAGACACAGAGAGACAUGAGAGACUGAGUCUGGGGUCUGACUGCUCUCUGAACAUCAACAACAUCACAGAAGAAGAUUAUGGACUUUACAGCUGCAGACAAUAUGUGAAUGGACAAAAACAAGGAACUGAUGCUCGUGUGUAUCUGCAUGUUCUUCAUGUCUCUUCAUCUUCAUCAUCCUCACAGACUGAGAUCAGUGCAGGCCGCUCUGUGACUCUCUUCUGUCAGCUGUAUUCAUAUUCAGAUGCUGGAGUCUCUUGUGAUGAUUGGAUGCGUUCUGAGGGAAUUGAGCUGUUCUGGGUGAAUCAGGCUGGUGUUAAACUGAAGAUAUCAGACUCCAGAUAUCAGAUAUCAGCAUCAGAUCACUGUAUCAUCACUCUGACUACAACACUCCUGAAUGAAGAUCACAACAGAGAGUGGAGAUGCAGUGUUACUCACAGAGAUGGAGUCCAGAGCUCAGUCACAUAUACUGUCAAGAGUUCAGCUCGAGAUGAUCCAGCGUCACCAGUGAUUCCAGUCCACAACACAAAAUCAACUACAACGACACCAAUAACUUCUACACAAGACAUGAUCACAGAUCCAGCAGAAACUGAAGUCAGAAGGACUGUUGGAUCAUUAUUCAGAGUGAUUGUGAUUAUUGUUGAGUUUGCAGCGUUUGCUGCUCCUACUGUGAUUCUUCUUCAGAUCAUCUGUGCAAGAAGAGCUGGGAGGAAGAACUCACAGCACCAGAGGACAUAGUGAUGAAUGCAAUAUUACAAUAAAAUACUCUCUAUAAAUAUCAGACCAGAUCUCAAUGAUAUUAUGGAUAUUUGCAUGCAGCUUUCAAGGAUAUUUGCUCCAUAUACAUAUAAUACAGUACAUGCUAGUUCAUCUAAUCCUUGCAUUAAACUUUUUACAGAAGGCUUUUUAAAUGUUGUAAUGGUCCAUUUUAACUGAUGAUGCGACACAUGUCUAUUAAUUAUCAUACAACAUAUUUACAGAUGUAUAUAUUUUUUUAUUCAUUCACUGAUCAUUUCAAUCCAGAGACAAGUCCUUACUAAUGAAAAUAUCUGAUUUUCUUCCCCACCUACAUCAUACUGUAAAAUGUUUUUGUCAAAUACCAUAUGCAGAAUUAAAAAUACAUAAUUUACAAACCUCUUCUUUUGUCUAAAAGUGGUUGAUAAUAGACUUUAAAUAGUAACGAUAUUGUCGUUUUUUUCUGUAUUAGCUCUCUGUGUAAACUCUUGAUUACAAACAUCUCCGAAAUUAAAGGAAAA